AUGUGGUUAAUGUGCGAAUUGGACAUCCUCUCUCUCUCUCUCUCUCUCUCUCUCUGUGUCUCUUUUUCUUUCUCGCUCUCCCUCCUCUCUCUCUCUCUCUCUCCCUCUCUCUCUCUCUUAAUCUCUCUCUCUCUCUCUCUCUCUCUCUCUCUCUCUCUCUCUCUCUCUCCACUUCUAUCCUUUCUUUCUUUCUGUUACAGUAAUUCAUAUUAUAUUCCAUUUUACAUUUCAUGCCACUCUCUCUAUCCCCCACUCUCUCUCUCUCUCUCUCGCUUUGUAUUUAGCUAUCUAUCUAUCGAUCUAUCUAUCUAUCUCUAUCGCUUUGUAUCUAUCUAUCUAUCUAUCUAUCUAUCUAUCUAUCUAUCUAUCUAUCUAUCUAUCUCUAUCGCUUUGUAUUUAGAUAUCUAUCUAUGUAUCACACUCGCUCGCUUUUUAUAUUUCUCUCUUUUUCCCUCUCCGCUUCUUCUCUUCUCUCUCUCUCUCUCUCUCUCUCUCUCUUUCUUUCCUUUUCUUCUGUCAUUCUCCCCUUAG